AUGGAACGUUCCUUGUCAUUUGAGCCAUACCUUCUAACCCCUUUGGAUCACAUCAUAAAGGACUUCUAUGUAUCCAGCUUCAUAUCCUUUCCACUGCAUGACCCAACCACCGCUGUCAGUGCACUGAAGGAUGGCGUGGAGAGGCUGACACGUGCCCUCCCAUUCCUAUCAGGUGCGAGGGUUCCAUCCUCCAAAUUGCCUGGCAAGCGCAACGUGAUGGAGAUACAUCCUUCUCCAGAAUCACUAGAAUGGAUCCCGAUGCUGCAAAUCAAACACUACCGGGAUACCACCCUCGUGGCAACGUGUUCUCCUGGGCCGACAGGGUGUUCCGACCUUGAUGACUCUUGGUGUGCUUUACCGAUCAUUAUCCCAGCAGACCGACCAAGCCCUGUUGCUCGAUUUCGGGCAAGCGUAUUCCCAGAUGGCAUCUUGCUAUGCAUGACGCUCAACCACGCUGUUUUCGAUGGAAGUGGCCUUGGAACCGUUCUGAAGAUGUUAGCAACAUGCUGCUGUGCCAAUUCAGCCAUGGAUCACCCAGUUUCUCUGCCCACUACCUAUGCAAAGGAAGCAUCCUCAAGACAGAUCAUUCUUGAAAGUGCAGCUCCAUCCUCUGGAUCUGAUUCAGAGGCCUAUGACAGGAUAUUCAAAUCCAAUGAUAUUAUUCCUGGCCUUGACAAGGGCAUCACCAGUCGACGAUUUUCGUUCCCAGCUUCCAAGAUCCGAGCUUUGAAGGAUGCGUGCAAUGCUGCCAAGCCCACCGACCAAGACCCAGCCAUUUCCAGGAAUGACGUCCUGACAGCAUUACUUACCAUCUGUAUGACCCGAGCUCGGCAAACCGAGCAGACCAAAAACCUCACCACCCAACUUGCGGUGCCCGUGAAUCUGCGCAGAAAAUUCCAUCCUUCUCUUCCGGACAGCUAUCUUGGAAAUACCAUCAUCCCACUGGUCGUCGAUAUCGAUCCUCCAACGGUUCCCUCUUCAAGAUGCGGAACAAGUCCCAUGCAUGCACAUCUGAAUGAACUCACCAAUUUGUCUCUUCGGAUCCGAAAAGAAUUGAAGCUUCUCGAUGAAAAAGAUUAUACCGGAGGACUGGUCUCUUACCUUCGAGAGCAAUCUGACUGGGGGGCAACUAGUAUGAAAUUUACAGAUAUAACAGUGAGCAGCUUAAGACACCUAGACAUCAACGGUCUUGAUUUUGGCCCGGAGAUAGGCCGAGCCAACAGUUUUGAUGUGCAGUCAGGAAUGUACCCUGGUAUCUGCGAUAUCAUGCCAACCUGCGGCAGGGACAGGGUAGAGGACAUUAAUGAUGUUCCUUGGGAUGUGUGUGUUACGCUAGAGGACUCCGCGUGGAGCGCUUUCAUGGAAGAUGACUUGGUGUUAUGGGCCUUGGAGAAGAUAUAG